GGCGCGACGGCCGGGGCGGGGGCAGGCGACGGGGGAGGCGGCGGCGGUCCGCACCAGCCAUGCCGAAUAAAAACAAGAAGGAGAAAGAAUCACCCAAAGCAGGGAAAAGUGGGAAAAGUUCAAAAGAAGGACAAGACAUAAUAGAAUCAGAGAUUCCCAGCAGGAAAAACAGCCUUAUUGCUGCCCCGUCUGCAGUAUCUAGUAAAAUAAAAGUGCCAGCCCCUCAGCCCAUAGUGAAGAAAGACAAGCGGCAAAAUUCUUCCAGGUUUAGCGCCAGCAAUAAUAGAGAACUUCAAAAACUACCGUCUUUAAAAGAUGUUCCUCCUGCUGAUCAAGAGAAGCUUUUUAUCCAGAAGUUACGUCAGUGUUGUGUCCUCUUUGACUUUGUUUCCGAUCCACUAAGUGACCUAAAGUGGAAGGAAGUGAAACGAGCUGCUUUAAGUGAAAUGGUAGAAUAUAUCACCCAUAAUCGGAAUGUCAUCACAGAGCCUAUUUACCCAGAAGUAGUCCACAUGUUUGCAGUUAACAUGUUUCGAACGUUACCACCUUCCUCCAACCCCACGGGAGCAGAAUUUGACCCAGAGGAAGAUGAGCCAACGUUAGAAGCAGCCUGGCCUCACCUGCAGCUUGUUUAUGAGUUUUUCUUAAGACUUUUAGAGUCUCCAGAUUUCCAACCUAAUAUAGCGAAGAAGUAUAUUGAUCAGAAAUUUGUAUUGCAGCUUUUAGAGCUCUUUGACAGUGAAGAUCCUCGCGAGAGAGAUUUUCUCAAAACUACCCUUCACAGAAUCUAUGGAAAAUUCUUAGGCUUAAGAGCUUACAUCAGAAAACAGAUAAAUAAUAUAUUUUAUAGAUUUAUUUAUGAAACAGAGCAUCACAAUGGCAUAGCAGAAUUACUGGAAAUAUUGGGAAGUAUAAUUAACGGAUUUGCCUUACCACUGAAAGAAGAGCACAAGAUUUUCUUAUUGAAGGUGUUAUUACCUUUGCACAAAGUGAAGUCUCUGAGCGUCUACCAUCCUCAGCUGGCCUACUGCGUGGUGCAGUUCCUAGAGAAGGACAGCGCCCUCACUGAGCCGGUGGUAAUGGCACUUCUCAAGUACUGGCCAAAGACCCACAGUCCGAAAGAAGUCAUGUUCCUGAACGAAUUGGAAGAGAUUCUGGACGUCAUUGAGCCGUCAGAGUUCGUGAAGAUCAUGGAGCCUCUUUUCCGGCAGCUGGCCAAGUGCGUCUCCAGCCCCCACUUCCAGGUGGCCGAGCGGGCGCUGUACUACUGGAACAACGAGUACAUCAUGAGCCUGAUCAGCGACAACGCGGCCAAGAUCCUGCCCAUCAUGUUCCCGUCCCUGUACCGCAACUCCAAGACCCACUGGAACAAGACAAUACAUGGCUUGAUAUACAAUGCAUUGAAGCUCUUCAUGGAGAUGAACCAAAAGCUGUUUGAUGACUGCACCCAGCAGUUUAAGGCAGAGAAACUGAAAGAGAAGCUAAAAAUGAAAGAACGAGAAGAAGCGUGGGUUAAAAUAGAAAACCUAGCCAAAGCAAACCCCCAGUACGCAGUGUAUAGUCAAGCGAGCACCAUCAGCAUCCCGGUGGCAAUGGAGACAGAUGGGCCUUUAUUUGAAGAUGUGCAGAUGCUGAGAAAGACAGUGAACGAAGAGGCUCGCCAGGCCCAGAAGGACCCGAAGAAGGAGCGGCCCCUGGUGCGCCGCAAGUCCGACCUUCCCCAGGACCUGCACGCCAAGAGCGCCCUGGAGGCCCACAGCCGCGCCGAGGAGCCGGCGCCCCAGGACGGGCGCUAGCCCCCGCGCCUGCCCAUAGAGAAGACACGCUCCGUGUGCCAUACCAGUCAGUCACACUCAAUCCAAGCUUCCUCCAACCCCGUCUGUAGGCAAUCGCGUCCUUCCGCCUCAGCUGAGACUAGGAGUUCAAACAAUGGUGACCGCCCAGGGCUGUGCGUGCACCCUCCCCCAAUUCGGGGUCCCUGCAUGGCCCCACAUAAGACGGUUCCCCAAAAUCAGAGCUAAGAGAAGCACCCCAGUCGUCACCUUCAUGUUCUCCCCUAAUGGGAUUUGCGAUCAUUUACGUUAGGUGGGUCUUAGGAGAAUAUCAAUGGUUUUCAAAUCAAAGGAACACUAUAAGAGAGUAUCACAUAUUUUUUAAGACUGUACAGCCCUUCAGACUGUUACGCCAGCAGUUUCUUUCUGGGUGGUUGGGUUUUUUUUUUUUUUUCGGGCUGUUUUUGUUUUUAAUCCCACCGAGGUGGUUCUAUGCUGUCGAUCUUAACACAGCUCGCUGGGAAAGUGACGUGACCCUUCUCCCCGCUGUAUCUUCCUGAAGUAUCACUUUACUCCAGCCAGUGCCGUGCGCACCGCGUCCUGCUGCUGCUGCGUGUCACUAAAGCCAUAUUUCCAGGUCUGGGGUCCAGCACCAGGGUCCCGGGAGUGAGCUCAUAGGAGAAAUUUGUUUAAAAAAAAAAAAAAAGCUUUCUCUUGCCUGGAAUUGGAACUUUAAAGUGGUGCGUUCAAUGUCUUACUUUGAAGAAUGAUUUUUCUGUACUUAACACGUUGUUACCCUUGAAUGAGGCUCUUUAAUUGAUAAAUUCUCUGAGAAUUCCACUUUUUGUAGAAAGUCAGAAGGGAAUCAUUUUGAGUGAGGCCAGCUCUCAGCCCGAGACAGGCCUCAGCGGCCUUUGGGCAGAAGUCACAGAAUCAGUGCCGUGGGAAAGUGCCCCCCUCCCCUCCCGCUCCCCACGGUGCAGUCCCCAGGGCUUCACAGAGGCGGCAGCGGCAGCAGCGAUGGCCACCGAGGAGUCUCCGCUGCAAAGAGGACACCUUAGUCGAUGCCUCAUAAGGAAAAUCCAGCGUCUGAGUCUUCACUGGUCUUCAAUGCUGCUAAAUAUUUCAGACUUCCUUGCAUGUAUUAAGCUCUCUGUUUUCAAUGGGACGGCACGAGGAGAAAAAUCUUUAAACUUAAUCUUUAAACUUAAGGCUCUGUUCUUUACGUCUCUCCUUGGUGGCCAGUAUUUUGACUGACUUAUCCUGCUCGAAAGCUAUUUGAGAUGCACACCGCCGCCCUCAACCAGUGAUUCUAGUUUCCUGUGUCUCUGGCGUAAGAUGCUAUAACUUGAUGUUAAAUGUCUUGAUGCUUCAAAGGCUUCCGUCAGGAUGUCUCUCACUCAGGGUCUUGGGGGGACCCAUUCAGACCCUGUGAGGAGCGGAGCAGACGUUGUUCCCUGUGCAGCUCGGAGCCUCCUGCCCGUGGGUCUCAGUUAACCCCCCACCCGACAGCGUGUAUCUCCCUGGGUCCUGUCACUUGGAGGGAGCGGACCCCUUGUCUUCAGAGCAGGUAGUCGAUUGGAAGGCCGCCCCAGCCGAAAGCGGGAGGAGAAACCUUCCUGAGAAACUUGACAAGUAUCCCUCCACUUUGCCAUUAUGAAAUUUACCAUUAAAAAAAAAGUUCAGAUGCCUUCUCCUUUUGAGGGAAAAAGGGUGCUUUGCACUGUAUAAAAGCAGUGUCUUGCGUAUCUCGAUAAACCAUUGUUUGAACUUCCGUCUUUAGCUGACGGAGGAUGUUCUCGGAGUGUCCCCGAGAGGUCUCUGGGAAGCCUCUCCUCUUGCCCGAGGGAAAGAGCAAAACCUCGGUGUUUGGGUGACGUGGAAAGCUCAGCAUUUAAGAACAUCUUUUUGUCCUAGGUUUUCCUUCUGCUCUUUAUUGAAGACAAACAUUCACCAAAAAGGGAAGAAAAAAAAAAAAGGUUUUGAGAGAAACUGAUUUUCUUUGACGAGAGUAUUAUUUAAUAUUUUGGCCUCUUAAAGUUUUCCUAGUUAGAACUCAGAUUCCCUGUGCUAAGUGUUCAGCUUACAUAUUAUUACAUAGAUACACUGUUCAUUCUGUACCAAACUGAUUUCAAAAGUACGGCAUUGAAAAUAAACUGGUGACUGUUUUUCUUCAUAAAGUUCUGCGUUUCGAAUCUUCACUCUUUCCAAAAGGUAUCUGUGCAUCAGACAUGUCACGAUUCCGAGUGUCUUUUUAGUGCGGCUUUAGUGUGGCUUCCUUUUAAUAUUGUACAUACGUUGUAUCUUUGUUUUAUGGUCAUGAGUAGUAAAAAUGUAGACUUCAUAUUUUGUACAAAAUGUCCUAUGUACAGAAUUAAAAAAAAAAAAGUUCAUAGAAACAGCAAAAAUAGGUAAGUGGCACAAUUAUUUUUCUUUAGAGAAUAUCUGUAACUUUAUGCUUUAGUGAAAUGUUAAGUACCUACAUAUUUUUUAACAUUUUGUAAUUCAGAACUUUUCGUUUUGACCUUGUUUAUGAAGAGAAACUUCAUACACUUGCCAUUUAAUAUGCUCUUUUAUCUAAUUUUAAAAGAAGAAAAACUCUUAAAAAUGGUGUAUUAUAUGGACUAAAUAAAGAACCUGUGAAUUUUA